CAAAAAACAAAAAAUCCGACCGUUAGGCAGUGUUCUUAGAGACCAAGAUAUAUACAGUUACAAAUCUUACAAUACAAUACCCUGUUUUCUGAGAGAUCUGUCUCAGCCAUAUCAACCCAACACCCACUUGUUUCUUCUCCGAGCUACCAAAAAGCCAUGGAUGCUGUUCCGAUGAAGAAAGAAACCUCCAGAAAGGCACUGAAGCCUCAAAGGCCUUCGUCAAGUGAGGCCAAUAUCAUGGCCGGAGUAUUAGACUCCGAUUUAACGGAUUCUGCAUUUCCGUCCGGAAAUUCCGCCGAGAAAGAGAAUCACGAGAGCUUCCGCCGGAAGAAUCCAAAGAAAGGUAUGGGGGCGUCCAAGGCAAAAAAGCAAAUCGGAGAUUCGUCAUUCGAGAAGGCAUUUCAUGAGAUGCAGGAAAAGCUUGAGAAGUUGAAGAUUGAAAAGGAGCAUACUGAGGAGCUCUUGAAGGCCAGGGAUGAAAUGAUUUUGCAGAAGGAGAAGGAGCAGGAGAAGCUUCAGUCUGAACUCAAGAAACUUCAGAAAACCAAAGAGUUUAAACCCAUCCUUAAUUUCCCAAUUUUAUUGGGAGACAGAGAUCAGAAAAAGAAAGGGAAGAAAUUGAAAGACCCAAGGAAGAAGAAGCCAGCUACAGCUUAUCUCUUGUGGUGCAAAGACCAAUGGAAUGAGGUGAAGAAGGAAAACCCAAAAGCAGAGUUUAAGGAGGUAACAACUCAACUAGCUGCAAAAUGGAAGACAAUCAGUGCGGAAGAGAAGAAGCCAUAUGAGGAAAAGUAUCAGUCAGAGAAGGAAAUAUACUUGAAGAUUGUUGGAAAUGAUAAGCGCGAACAUGAAGCUCUUAGACUACUAGAGGAAGAGCAAAAGCAGAAGAAUGCUUUGGAGUUGCUUGAGCAAUACAUUCAAUUCCAGCAGAAAGAGUCAGAGAUGGAAAACAAGAAGAAAAAAAAGGAAAAAGAUCCAUUGAAGCCAAAGAAGCCAUUGUCUGCUUUUUUCUUGUUCUCAAAUGAGCGCCGUACUGCUCUUCUUGCUGAGAAUAACAAGAAUGCUGUAGAGGUCGCAAAAUUAAUGGGAGAAGAAUGGAGGAGCUUAACAGAUGAACAGAAAGCACCUUAUGAAGAGGUGGCUGCAAAGAACAGAGAGCAGUAUGCUCAAGAAAUGAGGUCUUAUCAGAAGAAGAAGGAAGAAGAAGCCGCCUCUCAUGAGAAGGAAGAGGAGGAGAUGAUGAAAAUUAAGAAGCAGGAGGCAAUGCAAUUGCUCAAAAAGAAGGAGAAAGUUGAAAAUCUUAUUAAGUUGCAGAAAACCAAAGACGAGCAUAAGAAGAAGCAGAAGAAGGAAGAAAAACAGACAGACCCAAGCAAGCCAAAGAAACCUGCUUCUUCAUUCCUCCUAUUCAGCAAAGAGGAGAGAAAGAAGAUAGUUGAAGAAAAGCUGGGAACCAAUCCCACCUCUAUUAAUGCAAUCAUUUCGGUAAAGUGGAAGGAAUUGAGUGAAGAAGAGAAGCAAGUGUGGAGCGACAAGGCUGCCCAAGCAAUGGAAGCCUACAAGAAGGAAUUGGAAGAAUAUAAUAAUAACAAGGCCAGGGAGAUUAACAACUAACUGAACGGUUUAUUAUUUUUCCUACUGGUUCAAUUGGUUGGGUUGAACUUAAUUUUAAGAAAGUUAAUAUGCAAGAGUCAACAGCCCAUCUUCUUUUUCACUAUCAAUAGUUUAUUUGACAAUCAUGCCAGAUAUGAGUAAAAUAAUGUUCAAAUUCAAUAGUAUGAACAAGUGUUGUAAUAUACAAAACUGGAGUUGCUCUUAAGGUGUGUUUGCAAUAGUUUGUGAAAAA